UUAUAAACUUCUAAUACAAUUCUGUCUCGCUCGUCCAAGAUAAAUCAGUCGGCACGACAAUUCCAAAAGAGAGCAACCUGGUCCUAGAUAGUUCCGCUGCCGCAAGAUGGCCCUUUUUACUUUCCUCCACAAAACUGUUGAGUGUGGGAUAAAGGAGGAGAGAGGAAAUGAAAGUUCCGGACUCAAACGAUAUUGAAAAGGCUUACAUUAAUCGCACCGAUCGAUGUACAGGUGACAUAAAGACUUUGAAAUGGCGAUGGAGAAGGGGAGAGUUUGUGUGACGGGAGCUGGAGGUUUCCUUGGUUCGUGGGUGGUCAAGCUUCUUCUCUCUAAGGACUUCAUUGUUCAUGGAACUGUCAGAGACCCAUUGGAUGAGAGGCAUGCUCAAUUGAAGAAGCUUGACAAGGCAUCAGAGAACCUGAAACUAUUCAAGGCGGAUCUACUGGAUUACAGCUCCCUUUACUCUGCAAUUGUAGGAUGCGAUGGAGUCUUCCAUGUUGCUAGCCCCGUUCCUUCCUUCCCUUCAUCAAACCCUGAGGUAGAGGUUCUCGAGCCUGCUGUGAAGGGCACGCUAAAUGUACUGAAGUCGUGCUCUGAAGCCAAGGUCAAGCGAGCUGUUGUCGUGUCCUCAGGAGCUGCUGUGUCGAGGAAUCCUAGAUGGCCCAGGGGUCAAAUAAAGGAUGAGACUUGUUGGUCUGAUAAAGAAUAUUGCAGAACAACCAAUAACUGGUAUUCUCUCUCAAAAACAGAAGCUGAAAGUGAAGCUCUGGAAUAUGCCAAAGAAACAGGGCUUGAUGUUGUAACCAUUUGUCCUAGCCUCAUUUUGGGGCCACUGCUUCAGUCCAAAGUGAAUUCAAGUAGCUUGUUUCUGAUUAAGCUUAUGAAAGAAGGUUAUGAGACAACAGUGAGUAGGCUCCGGAUGACUUUAGACGUGCGAGAUGUGGCUUCAGCACUACUUUUGGUAUAUGAGAAACCUGAGGCUGAAGGCAGAUACAUAUGCACAGCACACCCUGCCAGGGCCCGGGAUCUGGUUGAGAAACUGAAAAGUAUUUAUCCAAACUACAAUUACCCCAAAAAUUAUACUGACGAGGUUGAUCAAGAGCCGCUGACUUCAGAGAAGUUGCAGAGGUUGGGCUGGACUUUUCGACCGUUGGAGGAAACCCUCAUUGAUUCCGUUGAAAGCUACCGGAAAGCUGGAAUCUUGGACUAAGAAAGUCAGCUGAUAGUGUGAUGCUCUUUUUUCUUUUUUGUACAAACUUUGUAUCUUGAGUUGUACUUAAAUAGCAGGAAUUGGGUGUUUAUUGUAGUCUUGUACAUUUUUCUUUUACUAGAGCUCUCAUUUGAAGGGAUUAUUGGUUGAGAGGUGCUGUUUCUAGUAUUGAUGUGGUGUGUUAAUAUGCAGAGAGCAUAGGGAAAUGAUGUGCUUGAUCUGGAUCUAGAUCAUGAUGAUGUGCUUGAUCUGACUUCAGAGAAGUUGCGGAGGCUAGGCUGGAGUUUUCGGUCGUUAGAGGAAACCCUCUUUGAUUCCAUUGAGAGCUACCGAAUGGCUGGAAUAUUGGACUAAAACUGUAUACAUUUUGAUUCUUUUAAAAAAUUCCUGAUGGUUGUUUUCUUCAGAAUAAGAUGUGGCUUGAACGAUUUCUUGUGAACAUUUUGAGCAGCUUGGACUCAUAAUAUGGACUUUGUGUUUCAUAUUGCCA